AGUCAAAGUCAAGACACCGACAGAAACGGAUGAUGGAUUUAUUAAUAGAGACGAGUAGCGGAAAAAUCCGCGGGGUCGUAGAAAAGAGUUCCGAAGGCUUCGAUAUUUAUAGUUUUAAGGGUAUACCCUAUGCAGAACCACCGAUUGGUGAAUUGAGAUUUAAGGAUCCAGUGCCGAUAAAAAAAUGGACGGGAAUAAGAGACGCAACGAAGUUCGGUCCGAUAAGCAUGCAGUACGAUAGCACCGUUCGAAUGAAAUCCGAAAAUGAAGACUGCCUUAGCUUGAACGUGUACGUGAAAGCAGGGACUAAGCCAAACGCUCGUAAGGCAGUCAUGGUGUGGAUUCAUGGUGGUGCUUUUCUAUUUGGCUCUUCCUACGACACACUUUAUGGGCCCGACUAUUUAGUUGGACAUGAUAUUGUACUUGUCUCGGUGAACUACCGACUCGGCGUACUUGGCUUUCUAAACCUAGAAGACGAGUAUGCCACUGGAAACCAAGGACUCAAAGACCAAGCUUUGGCCCUUCGAUGGGUGCACGAGAAUAUCGGAAAUUUUGGAGGAGACCCUGGUAACGUUACCAUAUUCGGCGAGAGCGCGGGAGGUGCAUCGGUUCACUACUUGUGCUUGUCGCCGUUAUCGAAAGAUUACGUGCACAAAGCCAUUUCUCAGAGCGGGGUCAUUUUUAAUCCUUGGACUGAAAUCAAGAAUCCAAAAAAAAUCGCGUGUGAUCUGUGCAAGGUGCUAGGCAAGCCUUUGACCAACUCCAAAGAUAUAGUGGAAUUUUUGAGAACAAUCGACACCAAAAGACUGCUGGAAGCGCAGCAAGAAAUGAUUAGACAUACGGAUAAACUGAUAUUCGGGCCAUCGAGCGAUCCCAAAUCCGCGAACCCGUUCAUGUCCCAGUCCAUCGAAAAGGAAGCAAAUAAAGGUGUCCAUAUACCUUACCUUGUGGGUAAUACCAGUCGCGAAGGAAUAUUUUUCGUACAAGAGGAAUUCAGCAUUUCAGAAGUAAAAAACGACGAAGCCUUUAAAAUGAUGGGACAGGACAUCAACGUGGCAUUUCCAUUCGAUACUGCAAAAGUGUUGAAUAAAUAUCAAGUGACUCCACAACAAGCCAAGCGCCUGUAUUACAAAAGCAAAAACAUCUCAGUUGACAAUCUCGAAUCCUUUGUAGACUCGAUGUCCGAUCUGCUCUUUGUGGAGGGUAUUCAUGAGUUCGUGAAGGUGCAGGUCGAGGAAAGCACGUCACCUACGUACUUAUAUCAACUUUCCUACGAUUCGGAGUCGUCAUUUAUAAAAUUCGGAACAGCGGCGCAGAUUUCAGGUGUUAGUCAUUUUGACGACGUGAGAUACCUUUUUAAAGGAAAGAUUUACGGCGAAGCAAACGUUGGCCUGAAAAAAGGCACGAAAGAUUACCGAGUCAUGGAGCAAAUGACUACUUUGUGGACAAACUUCGCAAAAUAUGGGAAGCCAACGAUUGCUACAUCAAAAUUGAUUCCCGUGAAUUGGAAGCCGGUAACUGACAAGACAGUUUUGCGUUACUUAAAUAUCGAUGAAGACUUAACCAUGCAAUCAGUUCUAAACUUGUCGUUAAAAUUGUCAUCGGCUCAAAGUAUAGUAGCCUGAGUCAUCUUACGGAUCACUAGGAUCGUCAUACGUACAGUGUACUUGAAGAAGCUGUCCCAAAGAUAAGAUGGCUUAUGUAACUAGGAUUUCCUUUCUUACGUUAAGAAUAAGCUGAAUAAAUAACUCAAUUUAUCUUCCUAUCGUUACUUCAAACGUUACACAU